AUGGAUACUUCCUUGAGCUGGUCCUCGCAGCUAGCGGUUGCCCCUCCUCAUCGGGCGCCUCGGCUCCCUGGGGAUAAAAUCACUUUGCCGCAAUCCGCUCUCGAACAGCUCCUCGCCGCUGCGCCCAUCCAAGCCGUGUCCCCGCAAAAUUCUCGAGUAUAUACCUCUGCAUUCGAUCCAUUCAACCCGCAUACCUUCGCUGCCGAGUCCCAAGCGCGCCAACACAUCGAGCAACGCCAACAGCAGCUUCCUCAUCCGUUAACCUUUCGUAUCGAGAACCCUCAGAAUGGUCGCUUUAUGUACGCCGGAAUUCGCGAGUUCUCCGCCGAGGAAAACGAAGUCGUGUUGAGCGCUUUGCUCCAAGAAUCCCUAGAAAUAAAGGAUGCAGAGUUCCCACCGCAGAGGACUGGCGAGACGCAAACCGCGACGACUGACCCGGAAACGCCUGGCGUAAUUCCGUCCGAUCCUCCCUCCGACUCUGGCCCCGCAGUCACGGUGCAUGCAAAGCAACUACCUAAAGGCACAUAUGUUCGCCUUCGCCCACUCGAAGCCGGGUAUGACCCCGAGGACUGGAAAUCUCUGCUGGAACGACACUUGCGGGAGAAUUUCACCACCCUGACGACUGGCGAAAUAUUGACGGUGCCGGGAACGAGGAAUCAGUCGUUUCGGUUCUUGCUCGAUAAGGUGUAUCCCGAAGGUGAAGGAAUCUGCGUUGUUGACACGGAUCUCGAGGUCGAUAUUGUGGCCCUAUCCGAAGAACAAGCCCGGGAGACUCUACAAAAGCGAUUGGAAAAGGCUUCGCGUGCACCAGGGACGACCAGCGGCAGCUCGAUAGGUGGUACACUCAGUCUUGGGGAGAAUGUGGCAGCCCAGGUGCUACCCGGAGAAUACGUGGAUUACGAGCUUCGAGACUGGAACCGCCAGGACAUUCUCGAAGUCGAACUUACCACGGAUGACCCGACAGUGUGUCUUUUCGUCAGCCCGCUUGCUGCCCAUCAGCAGAGCCGACCCCGGUCGGAUGUGCAUGUCUGGGGAAACUUUUCCAAUGAAUCGCCCAAGCAAAUGCAAUUCCGGCCUACAAAUGUGGCUCUAGAGGGAGCAGAGGCCCUCUACCUGUCCGUUCAUGCAAACCCCGCGAGCACAAGUACUGGAUCUUCGGCUUCAUCACAGCAAACGCCAGCGCAGUAUCACCUACGGAUCACCGUGAAUCUCACGGAUACCAACGACCAGACCGAGGAGUCUCAUGAGCCCGGCGACGUGCAGUGCCAGAACUGCCAGCAAUGGGUUCCGGAGCGGACCUUGAUUCUCCAUGAAAAUUUCUGCCUGCGCAACAACGCCUUCUGCUCCCAGUGUCGCAAUGUUUUCCAGAAGCGAUCUCCCGAGUGGCAAAACCACUGGCACUGCCCACACGAUUCCUCGCACGGCAACGAUGCCGCUAGUAAAGAAAGUCACGAUGCUAUUUUUCACAAGUUUCACGAAUGUAUUGACUGCGCCGUACGUCUUGAAGGGUUGCCUGCUAUCGCACAGCACCGGACCACCGUCUGUCCCGGGAAGUUGAUUCUAUGUCGGUUCUGUCAUCUUCUCGUGCCGCAGAAAAGCGAGUCAGACCCUGACCUUCAUGAUCCUGAGGUCAUUCUCUCUGGUCUUACUCCGCACGAGCUGGUAGAUGGAGGUCGCACUACGGAAUGUCACUUGUGCAAUAAAAUCAUUCGACUCCGAGAUAUGGCAACCCACCUUCGUCAUCACGAUUUGGAGCGCCUAUCCCGGCCUCCGCCUCGCACCUGCUUGAAUCAAAAUUGUGGACGUACCCUGGCUAACACGGGGAACGAGUCCCUUGGGUUGUGCAAUAUCUGCUUCGGGUCGCUGUAUGUGGACACAUACGAUCCAGAGGGCAAGGCGCUGCGGCGCCGCAUCGAACGGCGGUAUCUCUCACAAAUGAUGACUGGAUGCGGCAAAUCAUGGUGCCAGAAUGAGUACUGUAAAACCGGGAAACAGAAUAUGCAAUCUACGUCCGGUACCCCGGCGGCCAUGAGUGUGGUCGAGAUCAUGCAGCUCAUCCGCCCGCUCAUGGGUGCGGUCAACGCCCAUCCUGAUGCACCCAACACAGCGCCUUUCUAUUUUUGUACCGACGAAACUGGUCAGCGCCGUCGCGCGCUGGCAGAAAUGAUCGCUGCUGAGAGUGCUGCAGUUGGAGGCAAAGCAUAUGAUCUGGGAUGGUGCAUUGCAGGCGCCGACGCCACAGGUGGAGAUUUGGAGAAGACGAGGGAAUGGCUGACGAAAUGGGCACCGAUUCAAGGCGAGGCCUUGCAAUGA